AUGUGGCUGUACGCGGCGCUGGCGGCGCUGGCCUGGGCGCUGGGCUGGCUGCUGCGGGACCGGCGGCGGCUGCGGCGCGCGGCCGCCGCGCUCGAGCGCGAGGCCGCCGGCACCGGCCACGUGCGCACCACGCUGCUCGACGUGACGCGGCCCGAGAGCGUGCGGCAGGCGGCCGCCUGGGUGCAGGCGCACGUCGGGGACAAGGGGCUCUUCGGGCUGGUGAACAACGCAGGGGUGGCGCAGCCCAUCGGCCCCACGGAGUGGAUGGCGCCCGACGACUACCGGCGCGUGCUGGCCGUCAACGCGCUGGGCGUCGUGGAGGUGACGCUGGCGCUGCUGCCGCUGCUCAAGCGGGCGCGCGGCCGCGUCGUCAACACCUCCAGUGUCCUGGGCCGCCUCUCGGCCAACGGCGGCGGCUACUGCCUCUCCAAGUACUGCGUGGAAGCCUUUUCCGACAGCCUCCGGAGGGACAUGCGCCACUUUGGGGUCAAGGUGAGCAUUGUAGAGCCCGGCUUCUUCAAGACGGCCGCCACCGACCUGGGCAGCAUCGAGGCGUCGCUGUGGGAGCUCUGGGAGCGGCUGCCGCCCGACACGCGGCUCAGCUACGGAGAGGACUUUAUCCAUAAGUACCUCAAGGUGCAGCGCUUCAUCAUGAACCUGGUGUGCGACGCGGACCUGGGCAAGGUGACGUGGUGCAUGGAGCACGCGCUGCGCGCCCGCCACCCGCGCACCCGCUACAGCGCCGGCUGGGACGCCAAGCUGCUCUGGCUGCCCGCCUCCUACCUGCCCGCCUGCCUCGUGGACCUGGCGCUCGCGGCCAUCCUGCCCAAGCCGGCCCAACGCGCCCGCUAG